AUGUCGGCAACUCUUUCGGAGGAGCACGAGCGCGAGCUCAGGAAGAUCUUCGACGACUACGACAAGGGCGGGUCUGGAGACAUCGACAUCGAUGAACUCCGGGACAUUGCAGAGGAUCUCGGUGAGCCGCUCUCGGAGAUCGAGCUGCAGUAUCUGGCCAAGGAAUUGGACACGGACGAGAGUGGUUCCAUCAGCUGGACGGAGUUUAUCGCGUGGUGGAAGCUACCGUUCUAG